AAUUUGCAGAGAGUCUAAUUGAUGACUAUGGUGUCACUACACAAUAUAAUAUAAUACUAAAGCCUCUGUUUUGUCUUUCUACAUGGCAUCUGGACGGCAGAAUCUUCAACAUGAAUGAAUAUAAAAAAAAAUCCACCUUAUUUAAGCGAAUGCAAAUGGUCUAUAUUACUCGACCGAUGUAAUUAAAGAGCGAACAUAGGGAGUAGUGUUGAAUUUUCAUCUGUCUCUGCGACUAUGGCUGAGCUCCCAAUAAUUGAUGUUUCUGCUCUUCGAUCAGAGUUGGAAGAAGGUAAUCCUGAUCUUCAAAAGCUGUGCAAUCAAGUAAAAGAAGCUGUCCAACAAUGGGGAGCUUUUCGUGUGGUGAAUCAUGGAGUCGAACAGGAGCUUCUAAACGCUGUGGACUCAGUAUCUCGAGAUCUGUUCAAUCUUCCACCCCAAGUAAAAGAAAGAGCCGUUAAUCUUCCCUUGGAUGGGUAUUCCAAGGGCAUUUCUCUUUCAAUUGGUGAGGCCAUGUGUAUCCCAGUAGUACCGCCAUCUGAUUCGCUUCAGCAAUACGCACACAAGUUUUGGCCGCAAGGAAAUUCUGAAUUUUGCGACAGCCUAAGAACAUACAGUUCCAAGUUAACUGAUUUAGUAAAUUCCCUGAUAAAACUUAUCCUUCGAGGCCUGGGACUCAGCAAACAUUUUGAGAUUGAUUUUACAGAAUGCGAUGCUCUACUUUGUCUUAAUUAUUUCUCAGAGUAUGAAAACCCAAGCGAUGCAAAUGACAUUGUUCUCAGGGAACACAAGGAUUUGGGUGUGAUUUCAAUUUUGUAUAAUGACCAAGUGGGUGGUCUUCAAAUGCGCACCAAACAAGGUGAAUGGUUUAGUGUAAAACCUCUAGCUUCAUCAUUCACUGUCAUCAUAGCUGACGCUCUAAAGAUGUGGAGCAAUGAUAGAUGUUGGAGUGUAGAGCAUCGUGUGGCAUAUGAAGGGAAGAAUCCGCGACUAUCUGUUGUUUUUUUAUGGAAAUUUUUGAAGGAAAAGGAAGUAUGUGCACCAGAUGAGCUCAUAGAUGAACACCAUCCACGUCGUUACAAACCUUUUCUCUUCAAAGACUACGUAAAUCAUCAAAUCAAAGGAGAUCCUCUUGACAUUUUUCUUUAGUUUUUAUUAAUUUCUAAUAAAUUUGUUAUGAUGGUUUAUUUCUAAAACUAUUUAACAUAAUAAAUGUCAUUAUGAGAUAAACUUAUGUUCA